GUCUCAUCCAGACAAGGAAGAAAAGAGAAGAAGAUUUUAGUUGAUUGGCUCUGGAGGCGCAGCGGAGAAAUUAUCAGAGGAAACGAACUACACCGAUCAAAAUCUGAUCAAUCGGAAGGUCAUUAAUCAGCGAGCAUUCGUCUCUCUGUAAUCUUCAAUAUUUCAAGCCGUGGCUUGCCGUGCCGUGCCGUGCCUUUAAUAAUAACUAGACCAAAGCAAAGAAGAAGAAGAAGAAGAAGAGGAAGAUCGUAAUAAUCUUUGUUGAAGAUUUGAAGAUUAAUGCGAGUUGUUUAAAUCUGUGGAAGUUUAUCGUCAAAUCAUCUGUAAGAAACAGGUGUAGUAGGUUGGAGACGUUUUGACCCAGCUGUAAUCGCCAGGAAGGGAUCAUUCCUCUCAAAGUCUGUCAAGAUUGGAGGAAUUAAAUUAAAAAGUCGGUCUUGCACCUGCACUGGGGUUUCAUCAACCCUGUUGUCAAUUGGAAAGCAAGGAGCAACGGCUUCCUGCAAGACUUGUCGUGGUAGACAAUUAGUUGAUGGGAUAGGAUCUGUAUCGGCAAAAAUGAUGAGCACUGUAGGCCUAGAACUUACAAACUUUUUAAAUCCUGACUUGACUUGGAAGACAGUAGCAAAAGGAAAUAGAAGUGCUACAAGGCGUACUAGGAAACCUUUUGUUAGAAAUUUUACAGCAGGAGUGGAGCUAGCUGAUAAGAGUCCUAAAAGGGCAGAGAACGGAACAGUUUCAGAAUCUGAGAAGCUUGGUGUGGCUGUUCUUGGACGACGAUUCAGUGACAAAAUAGAGCAUGUGCCUAUCAAGAAAAGAAAAUUUAAUCUACGGUCUCCAUCGCCACCACCUUGUUCCCACCAUUCUUCAAGUCGAGGAUGUUAUCCAAAUUCAAACGGCAAGAGACAACAUAGGGUGAUUGAUGCUUCUACAGAAGCUAGUAGUCCCGGUGUUAAAGGGGAGAUUUCUGAUGGAUUGAAUGGGAAACUUGGUUGUAGAGAAGACUUCUCUGGUAUUGAAAUUCUUGCAGCUGCAGCUUGUGAUAACAACUUUGAUGUUGACCAGGAUAAGGAGAAUAAAGUGGUCGAAGAGUCGUUGUGUGAAGAUGAUUCAAAGCCAGUUGAGGAAAAAAUUGCAUCAAUAGGAGCAACUAAUCUCUCCAACAAAGAUCUGGCACUUGAAGAUAAGAAGGACGUGUCUUCUUUUCAGGAUUUUACCACUUCGUCUGCACAGAAAUCCCCUAAUGAGGGGGAUAAAAAAGGAGCUGAAAAGUCUGUUCCCUCGCGAGAUGAUAGGUUACACUGGGAUUUAAAUGUUGUGAUAGAUGCUUGGGAGCAACCUUGUGAUAUUGAGAAUGUUGGUUCUCAAGCAAACCCUGCUAUGGUUACUUCGGUGGUUGGGAGUGGAAAGCUGCACGGGUUAGAAGGUGGUGAGAUUGAGAAGGAAACUAAAGAAAUCAAACAUGAUGAGGCGAUCAUGGUAGAUUCAUCUGAAGUUCAUGGGGAAAUGUGCAUUCCUUCAGACCCAAGAGACCUGCUUCAUGGGUCAAACGGAAUGGACCAUCAAUUGGAAACUUGCUCUGACCUUGACUGCUGCCAUGAUGAAUGUGGUGACGGUGCAAAAGCUUACACUCAGGUUGUCAGCACAGAUGCAUGCCUCAAUAAUGUUGCCUUCCCGAGUAAUACGGCGGGCAACAUAGUACUUCCUGAUUGCCUCGAGGAGGAGACAGAAGGUUGUGCUACUGGUGUCCAAGAGGAAGAAAUUGUGUGUAUAGAAAAUGUUGAAGUUGAGAAGUGUGCUGUUGCUUCUUCUUUUGGACCUGCAUUAGAGAGAGUUACUUGUGAGGUUGACAGCUCAACCCUAGUUGAAAAUGCUGAAGAUUCUGGUCGUACUCAAGAGAUGUUGACUUGUGCUCCUCACGAGAUGUUGACUUGUGCUCCUCACGAGAUGUUGAGUAUGGACAAUUGUCAAGUGAUGGUACCUUUAUCCCUUGGAAUGGAGCCUGCAUGUGAAGCAGAGGAAGUGGGUAUUGACCAUCCUUUAUCCAUAUGUGACGAAGGACCUACUUCCAGUGCAGUUGUUGAAGAAGCCAUUCCUGUAGAAACUGGGGAUGGAACGGGAGAAUCAAAUGAAGUUCUUCGUGGUAAUAUUGUUGAGAUCGAUUCUUCUGUGGAUAUUGGGUCUGAGAAACUGAUGCUUAUGUCUUCUGGAAAUUUUACUGAUAGCUCGGAUAAGAUCAAUAUUGAAGGUCCUUUUGAUGAAACCUGUGAGUCAGACUCUUAUCAAGAUGAUAAGGUUCAGAUAGAUGCCAUAGAAAAAACUGGGGAACCCCAGGAAGCUGGUUAUGAUUCUCAGUUUGAGGAUGGGGAAUUGAGGGAAUCAGAUGUGCAUUGCUGGGAGGAUAAUGAAGGUGAGGGUGCAGACAUUGAACAAUUGGACUAUGGGUCUGAUUGUGAUGGAGAAAGAUUCUUUAGUCUGGAACUGGAGGAUGCUGAGAAUAAAAGAGCUGGGUCUAGUGUUGCAGUUGAAAAAAUUGAACAAUGUUCCCCUGGAAAUGCUUUCAGAGAUCAUUUAACAAGCUCAAAGACAAAAACUUUGGAAACCGUUGAUGGAAGCAAAAUUAAGAAUCACACUGUUGAUUGUGAGGAUAGGGUCAAUAGUAAAGAAUUUACCUCUAGAGUGGUUGGACCCAGGGCAUUGAAGAGGGAUUUGCCGUCACACAUUCAGGGAUCUUUAUCCACUGAUGCCCCUGAUUCUGUACAAAGAAAAAGAUCCGAUGAUUUUGAUGAUGUAUGCCCUCGAUCAGUAAGGGGAGCUGGUUUAAACAAAUUUAUGGGAAGGGAUAGAUAUGCUCUGGAUAUGCAGUGCAGAAGUCCAGGCACUGGCCACUUUGUCAGUAGCCGUCGGUCACCUACUUACCAUGGCCCUUAUGGUUCCUCACGUCCUAGACCAAGAAAUGUUAUUGAGGGCCGUGGAUUUGUAACGACCUCUGACCGUGCAAUUUCAGAUGCAGAAGCUGUUGAAGGAUUUGACAGCCGUGUUCGUAGGCAAUAUUUGAGCUCCUCGUCAAAUAGUGGCUAUUGGCCUUUUAACCGGAGAUAUGUGGCCUACAGGGAUGAUUUUUAUGGAACCCAUACUGGAACAGCUCUUGUUAGAGAUGAUGUCAAUCCUGAUAGGAGUAGGUUUAGAAAAUAUCCACAAGGGGUUAGUAGAGGCAUCAGGGAGGAAUUUCGGAGGCCCAUACCUAAUUAUUCCUCUGAAUAUGCUGAUCAUAUGCCUUAUCGUAUGAGCAGGAGAGAGAGAAGUAUUUCACCACCAAGUGGAGAAAGACUGCAUUAUUCCCAACCUUAUAAGAAAUCUCGAUCAAGAUCCAGAAGUCGGUCACCCAGUUCAUGGUUAUUGUUAAGGGAACGAAAUGAGGGAUCACGACGUCGCAGUAGGUCACCAAAUUUUAGAUCUGCCAGAAUGGAUAGGGUGAGGUUGCCUUUUCAAAAACGUUUUGUGGCAGAGUAUGAAGAAGGGUUUGUAUCCCCUCCAAGAAACCGCUUCUCACCACAACGUCAUUCGAGGUUUGAUGACCGGAUUUCAGGGUUAGAUAAUUUUAGGGAUAGAAAGUCACCUCCUAUGAGGAUUUUCCGACAGAGCCAAAGGUUUGAUUCAGUGCGUUCUAUUAGACCCAUGGUACAUCCUAGAAGAUUGGCAGAUAUGGGUAGUGGUAGAGAAUAUAAAUAUGAAGGUGGUGAAGAUGAUAGAAGAAAACAGGGGAACAGGUAUGAGAUGAUGCCUCGAGUUAGGCGUCAUGAUGCUGAUGGUGUGAUGCGGCGAUUGAGGUAUAAUAAUGCGGAAGACUCUUUUGUGGGUAAUGACUCGUAAUUUAACGUGAGGAAUUAUUAGUGAAAAGUGUUUGCAGCUCCAAUUCAUUUGACUUAGAAGCAGAAUAUUUAUGUCUCCUCAAAUGUUCUGGGUUUAUUUGCUGUUAGUAGAUAGAUUUCUUUCUUUUUGGCCCGUCUGAUCUCCUUAGUAGGCUCUUAUUUUCUUUUAUGAUAGCUAGAGGUUAUUAUUGUUAUUUUUUCCUUUUUCUUUUGGGUUUAUCGUCUUAUUUUCAUUGUCAUUUUUCUUAUGGCCGUCUCUGGCCGUUGUAACCUCUAUACGAGGCCAUUAAGAUAUAUGAAUAUGACUGGUAAAGAAUGAUUUCGUAA